GGACGCUGCCGUAACCGCCCAAUGUGACUAGUAGUAAUAGUGCUUCCUGCAAUGACCUCAGUUGGUCUACGCUCCUUCCACCAUUGACCAUCUGUGCUUUUUAUCUCAUUCUCCUGACAUGGCCUUUAGAAUGUGCAUUAAUAUAUCUCAACUUCCAAUUGUCUAUUGAUUGCCUGCUGCACAACUGCCGCGCGUCGUUUCAUUGCAAGACGUCAUCUGCCCUUGGCAUCCCAACCAACAAAAACACUCCGCAGCAUCCCCGCAUCUGCUGCAAUUCCCUCAGCUCGACGACCCUUUUAGACCAGCAACCUCCCCCCAUCUCCAUGGAAUAUUUGGCUAUCGACAUAUUCUCCCUUCGUUGAUCCACCAUCAGCAUGUCCCCCCAGCUGGACACUUCAGGGGUGGCUACCGCCACGACGACAAACGGCGGCGGCAACCCAGGUUAUAUUCUGACCGGAAAACAAGAGCACUACCUCAAAAGAGAACUUUUGAGUACCCAGGUUCGCCGUGAAAUUGUCGAGCUCGCCCAUCCGACCGCUUUGCGUCGUUUCGGUGCCCCCUUCAAGUCCGAGUUCGGCGAGGUCGCUCCAGUGGAUUCAGACCUGCCUAUAUUACGAUUCAUUUUUGUCAACCAUGUUCGGAAUUUCCCUUUUCUCGAUCAGGCGAACGAAAAGGAAUUCUGGCAAGACCGUUUACAGGUGUUCCUCGAGUCCUUCGCCAAUAAGAACAUAUCCUCGUCCGAAGAUCGUUUAGAAGAGACAAAGCGGAAGAAACUGGCCAUGAAAUGCGAAAAACUGGUUGAACUCAUGAUGGUUUCGGGAAUCCCCACGGCCUCCGGAUACGAAGAGCGCAUCCGCUUCUCAGAGAUGGAAGUCGUGGAUCGUGGGGCCAACGAACAAGGUCUUCUAGUGAAUAUGCCCGAUGGACAAUCUAUCAAUGGGUGGGAUGUGAAUGUUGCGGCGGUCAGGACUACCUCAGUUAAGCGAACCGUUCGAUACCAUCAACACGCGGAAUUCAUUCUUCGUGUUCGCCGGACUGGAAAAUCGGACCUCUAUGUUGGUCGAAGGUACGGCGACUUUGUCAAAUUGCAUAAGCGCCUGCGAACCGAACUGCCGGGGAAGAUGCUGCCGCCUUUACCACGAAAGAAUAAACGAUCGACCGCAACCUCGUUUCUCGGGGGAGCUGGUAGUGACGAUGCCUCCUCUAUUUCGUCGCUAUCAACCACAAACGGCACGGGCUUGGCUGAUGAAGAGCCAUCCACUUCGAGACUUAGUCUUGGGGUAAAUGUACCAUUACUUCAUCGAUCUCCGUCACGAUCAUCCAUUGCAUCAGCCCGGUCCCCCAGCGUGUCUGGGGAAUCUCGUCAAAAUAUUGUCCUAUAUCGCGAGGAACAGCGUGUGUCGUUGAGAGCGUUUUUACGAACUAUCCUGCAAAAUAAAAGAGUGGCUGCAUCAAAGUCAAUGGAAGAAUUUCUCAAUGAGAACCCGGUCACAUUAAACGAAGAAGAGUUGGUUGAUAUUCAGCGAAGAAAGGACGCAGAUGCUGCUCGUAUUGAAGAGCAACGAAGGUUUUACGAGAUUGCCAGGCAACGAGCCGCCGAGUUGGACGUUUAUAUGGAGAAAUUCCGGCAGGAUAUUGUUGAAGACAAUGGUCUCACAAAGCUAUUUUCGGAGAUUAAAGAGAAGGAUAGAAUCGAAGAACUGAGCCCGGAAUAUCAAAAAUUCGCUGAGUGGCUUCGAAUCGAGGUGGCUGCCACUAUUUAUCAUCUUUUCUUGGCCGAAGACAACUCUCCAGAGUUGUUUGCUCAAGCCAAAAGAAUACAUUCACUGGUCCCUUACACCCUUCUCAAGAACGUCAUUCGCAUUGCCAACCCUGCAGCGGUCAUGUCCGGAGUUCUUGACCUUUUCCUUGCUCAGCCCUUCGGAUCUCGCUCACUACUACAGCGUAUAUUUUCAAUGACUUUGAAUGAAGGAAUCAAAUCUUUUCAAAAGCCUAUAGACUCACUGGUUGCUAAGAUUGACGAUCCUGUGAUCUAUGACAAGCUGAAGUCUUUCGUCGAUGCUGAUGAAUCUAUCAAGACUAUUAUUCGUGAUGAAGCAGAGAAUGAAGAUGUCGAUAUUAUCGUUGCAAUUCUUAGGUCGGAGCUGUUGACUCCGGAUAUGAAACCGGAACAGAUUGGUAAGAUUUUCAAUGCAUACGUUGCUUGGAUCAAUGCCGUCGAGAAUAUCGACGACGAGAUGAAACAAGGCGCUGAGUGGUUCGCGUAUUUAAAACAAGUACUCAAGUUAUAUACUCGUCAGCGCGACAAAACAAUGAUGCUGAAUAUGAUUGAAGAGCCCGUUACCUUGAAACUCUUCCGCGACCUAUUCACGAUCUUUUACGAACCACUAGUUCGUGUCUACAAAUCAGCCAAUGUGUAUAACAGUAUCACCGACUUUGCCAAAUUCGCAGAUGACGCUAUCGCGGUGAUUGAAAAGGCUCAGCGGCAGGACGUUUCGGCGGAUCCUAACCAAACAGUGCAAGCAUUCAUCGAUUUGUGUGCUCGCCACCAACACAAUUUCUACAAGUUCGUGCAUGAGGUUCACCUCCACGACAAUGGACUGUUUGGGUCACUCAUGUCAUGGAUUGAAAACAUCCUCGAAUUUCUUCGCAAAGGUCCUCGCAGUGGUGGCAAACUCGACAUCAACGCUUUAUUCCAAGGUGCAGUCGACCUCAAACAAAUCAAUAAAGAGGUCGCUAUCGAAGAAGUCAACGCUCUUGUCAAAUGGCAGGAGGAUAGGAAAAAGUGGCAUCACGAUAAGACAAGACAGAAAAUGGCCGCCGAAGGCACCGGUGCUGGCGAAGGUACUACAAUACCCACCGGUGCAGCCUUCCGAACCAGCGACUUUGGUCUUGACGAGGGCGACUUGGAAGAACUCACCAUUGCAGAUAACGAGUCCGAUGAAGACGACGAAAACUCAGAAGACGAUGAUCUAGACCCGAUCGCGGCUGAGCGGCGACGUCGCGCGAGAAAGCAGGAUCAUUUGCGUCGGUCGGCCGGUGAACCGGUGAAACCGGAUGUGAAGGAGGUGUAUAAGUUGCAAGACGGAUUUGGAAUGAUGCUUCGACAAGUGUUGGCGGAUUGAGCUCUGGCUUUUACUGUUCUUUUGUUUGCUCCAUUUUAUCUCUUGAAUAACCCAGCUCGAAACAUUGCGUCCUGUGUUGGUUAUUAAACUUGCAUAGAUAGAUAGCAGACUUAUACCAAGCACUGAGUAGUAAUGGUAAUGGAUUAGAUAUAUUCUUAACCAUCAAAUUGCUCUGGAUUCCUACUCGAUUAUGAUUGAAAUUUU